CUUGGAAUUCUCCUGCUUCAGCCUCCUAAGUCACUGGGAUAACAGGUUGUAAAACCGUGGCCUGGUUUUAGUGCCCUGUGUCCUCAUUGAUGGUGAUAUAGCCUACAGACUCCUUUGGAGGUUUGAACUCACAGUCUGGGUUGCAUUCUCCAGUCAGGAAGCAAGAGCUGAGGGACCUGCGCACCCUCCAGGUGUGUAUCAAAACAGGCCCAAGGAGAGUGGAGGGUGCCUUUUGGGGGUGAGCAGCCAGCGGACCCAGUGGUGCCCAUGUCCCUGUGAYGACCUGUCAAGGCCCAGAUCAUCCAAGCCAGCUGUCCCAUGGAACCUCCAGGUGAGCAGCCAGGAGAGGCUGAGGGGCCACGCAUCACGCCCCAGCUGCUGAAGUCCCGCACAGGCGAGUUUGCUCUGGAGUCCAUCCUGCUGCUGAAGCUGCGAGACCUGGGGCUGGCCGACCUGGGCUGCCUGGGGGAGUGCCUGGGCAUUGAGUGGCUGGACCUUUCAGGCAACGCACUUACCCAGCUAGGCCCUCUGGCCUCCUUGCGCCAGCUGGCUGUGCUCAAUGUGUCCAACAAUCGCCUGACCGGGCUGGAGCCACUGGCCGCCUGCGAAAACCUGCAGAGUCUCAAUGCUGCAGGCAACCUGCUGGCCACUCCUGGCCAGCUUCAGUGUCUGUCUGGGCUACGGGGCCUGGAGUACCUGCGGCUCCGGGACCCUUUGGCCCGGCUCAGCAAUCCUCUGUGUGCCAGCCCCUCUUACUGGGCUGCGGUCAGGGAGCUGCUGCCCGGCCUGAAGGUCAUCGAUGGGGAGCGCGUGAGUGGGCGUGGCAGUGAGCUCUACCAGCUGUGCCGCGACCUGGAGAGCUCCUUGCGCCCCAGCUCCAGCCCAGGCCCCAGAGCCACGGAAGCCCAGCCCUGGGUGGAGCCUGGGUACUGGGAGCUGUGGCCCACCCGGAGCAGCUCCAUCCUGGAGGAGGCCUGCCGGCAGUUCCAGGACACACUGCAAGAGUGCCGUGACCUGGACCGCCAGGCCAGUGAGAGCCUGGCCAGGGCCGAGCAAGCACUCAGUCCUGCGGGCACUACUUCUUCCUUUGUUUUCUGAAAGUGCUCCCCUCCAAUAUCACCCCCAGGACAGCCUAGCAGAUGGCCCUCUGCUUACACCUCCUUUCCUUCUGCAUUGUCUUUGAGGUUUCUUGUGCUGGUCACUGGCCUUAGGAACUGGGCCUUCACUUAUUCCUGUCCCAAGGGUAGUCCCCCCCUGCCAUGAAAACUUCCCUGCCCUCCCUUCACAUGUAACAGGGAGGGACACAUCUCCUAAAUGACCUCCAGCAGGUGGCACACAGACUGUGCACCAGGCAAGGGGCCACUCCUGGUUGCUCCAGUCUGAGACUUAGUGGACGGGAUACUUCUUCCCAAGGCUAUUGGUGAGAAAGGCAGGGAAAGGCAAGCAGCCCAGCUAUUUCAGGCAGAGCAGAGUGUCAGAACAUUCCUGAAAGCUGGAGCCCACCCACCUUCUGAAUCUGCCUAUCCAGAUGACUGUCCUCUGU